AUGGCCCGGCCCCGUCGCCCUACCUACGGCCCCGCCCCGUCGCCCUACCGCGGCCCCAGCCCCGUCGCCCUACCUGCGAUCCCGACCUCGCCGCCCUACCUACGGCCCCGGCUCCGCAGCCCUACCAGCGGCCCCGCCGCCCUACCUGCGGUCCCGCCGCCCUACCUGUGGCCCCGCCGCCCUACCUGCGGCCCCGCCGCCCUACUUGCGGCCCCGCCGCCCUACCUGCGGCCCCGCCGCCCUACCAGCGGCCCCGCCGCCCUACCUACGGCACCUUCGCACUACCUACGGUUCCAGCCCCGUCCCCUACCGCUCGAGCCGCCUACGCAGCCGAGCCGCCCUCGCCGUGACACUCGCUACCGCGCUGCACUUCCCGCUGAGUUCUGCGCCAAGAACCCCCCCCCCAUGUACAUCACCCUCUACUACAUAGUCACCCGCCUCCCUAACUCUCUGCGCGUAGUCAGGGACCACUUCCUCUCGGUUUGCCCCACCACUCUCAUCGUUGACCUCCUCGAGAAGGCCCUCCUAGCAGCAGAGAAGAGCAUAGUCGCUGUAGGAGCCUCUCGUGGUGACCCUCGCACCCCCAUCUUUGAGGGGUGCUCCCCCUCCCCCCUUUUGCCCUCUGUUGCCUCUGCUGCUGCGGCCGACCUCGUUGGGCUUGAGUCGGUCGGUGCGGCGUCUACCCCUAGCGGGAGACACCGCCCUGGCAAGGGCAAGGGGGGCAGGGGCGCUGGGGGUGCUAGCGGGGGCGGUGGAGGAGGCGGUGGAGGCGGAGGAGGGGGUGGGGGUGGCAGUGGGGGUGGUGGCGGGGGUGGAGGUGUCAGUGGCGGCAGUGGAGGCGGAGGCGGUGGCGGCGGUGGCGGUGGGAGCGGAGGUGGCGGAGGUGGUAGCGGUGGUAGCGGCGGCGGAGGAGGAGGCGGCGGCGGUGGAGGCGGAGCUGGUCGGGGUGGUGCUGCACAGACGGUCGGCUCAGGUGGAGGUCAGCGCCAGCAGCAGCAGCAGCACCGCACUCCUGACACUCCCCCACCUCAGCAGCUCCGUAAGUGGUACGCUGCACGCCAGCGGGGUGGGGGUACAGCUAUCUUUGACCUUGACUUUGAUGCUAUUCUUGCUGCCAUCUAUGUUGUGUCUAUUGAUGAUGAGGGAGACUGUUACCGGUGUUUUCCGCCCAACCCGGGCAUUGAGAGUGCUGCUCCAGGUACUGGUGAGGUUGCUGCUCUAGGUGCUAGCGAGGCUGCCGCUCUAGGUGCCUGUGCGUCUGCUCCCUCAGGUGCUGGUGCGUCUGCUCUCUCAAGUACGGCGUCGGCUUUGGCAUCCCACACCUUCACCCUUGACCCGGGGGCUUCUCACUCCUUCUUUCGAGACCGCACCACGCUCACACCGCUUGGCCGGCCUGUUGCAGUCUCCUUGGCAGACCCCUCUGGGGGUCCUGUCCUUGCUCACUACUCGACUGUCCUCCAGUGUCCGGUGGCCCCCUCUGGCACCCUGUCUGGUCUUUACCUCCCCUCGUUCUCUACGAACGUGGUGAGUGCUGCUGACCUACAGGAUGCGGGGGUUCACAAGUCACUCCUGCGAGUAGCCGCGUCGGGUCAGGAAUUUGCAGCGGUGUCCAGGUCUGGUCCUGACUCUGCCCCCUGCUCGUGUCGCCUCCUGUCUCACGAGACUCUCCUCUGGCACCACCGCCUUGGUCACCCCUCCCUGCUUCGUCUCCGAGGCAUGGCCUCUCGUGUCCUUGUCUCUGGUCUUUCCCGGUCCCUCCCUCCACUUCCUCCUCGUCCUGGCCCUACCUGCGUCCCUUUUGUCGAGGGGCGGCAGCGGGCUGCCCCUCACUCCUCCCAGUUUCCUCCGACAGAGGCCCCGCUGCAGACGCUCCACAUGGACAUGUGGGGCCCGUCCCGCGUCCGUGGACAGGGUUACGAGCGCUACUUCCUGCUGGUGGUUGACGACUACUCGCAUUACACCACAGUCUUCCCCUUGCGCAGCAAGGAUGAUGUCACUGAGGUUGCCGAUGCGUCGGCGUUCCGUGUCUGGGGAUCUCGGGCGUUUGUUCGCGACUUGUGUGCGGACAAGCUGUCCCCUCGUGCUGUUCCUUGCGUCUUCCUUGGCUUCCCCCCUGACGCACCAGGGUGGCAGUUCUACCACCCCACCUCUCGCCGUGUUCUGUCCUCCCAGGAUGUCACGUUUAACGAGUCGGUCCCCUACUACCGCCUCUUCCCCUACCGCACUCCAUCCCUCCCCUCGCCACCGCUCUUUCUGGUACCAGGUCCCCCCCCGGUAGACCCCCUCCCCCCUCAGGGUCCUGCCCCGUCAGAUUGA